AUGUUCUCUUUCUCCAAGAACUAUUUCCUUUUCUACUUCUCAUUCAUUGUUUUAAUAAUUUUUCUCAGUGUCAAAUGGAUUUCAACUCGUUUAAAAACUAAGAAAAAUUUGCCACCAUCUCCACCAAAACUUCCGAUCAUCGGAAACCUCCACCAAUUAGGGUUGAGCCCCUACAGGUCUCUCCGGGCCUUGUCCAGAAAACAUGGUCCACUCAUGUUGAUGCACUUUGGCAGUGUGCCUGUGCUUGUAGCCUCCUCACCUGAAGCAGCUAAAGAGAUCAUGAAAACCCAUGAUUUAAAAUUCUGUAACCGACCCAAGUUAAGAAUUGUCGACAUAGUUGUGUAUGGCUCCAACGACAUUACAUUUUCUCCUUACGGAGAGUAUUGGAGGCAAGUGAAGAGCAUCGCGGUAGUCCAUCUUCUAAAUACUACACGCGUUCAGUCAUUCAGAAAAACGAGGGAAGAAGAGGUGGGUCUUAUGAUUGACAUGAUCGAAAAAAGUUCUGGUUCUGUAGUGGAUCUAAGUGAGUUACUUUUUAGGCUUGUGAAUAACAUUGUAUGUAAGGCAGCUCUAGGGAGGACAUACCCUGGGUCGAAGUUCGCGGACUUGUUGGAAAGGUUUGUGUGGGUUUUGGGUGCUGUUAGCCUUGGGUCCUAUAUCCCAUGGUUGUCAUGGAUAAAAGAAGAGGGGAUGGAUGUGGAUGCUCAAAGUGGUGAAGAUCAAGAUCUAGUUGACAUCUUGUUGGAUGUAAAAGGAGAUAAUACAACCGGAUUUACUUUUCAUAGAAAUACCGUUAAAGCUCUCAUCUUGGAUGUAUUUGCAGCUGGAACAGAUACGACAUUCACAAGUUUGGUAUGGUCAAUAAGUGAGCUACUUAGACAUCCAAGAGUAAUGGAAAAGCUAAAACAAGAAGUAACAAAAAUAGCACAGGGAAGAUCCAUGAUUCUCGAAAAGGAUUUGGAGAACAUGCAAUAUCUUAAAGCCGUCAUCAAAGAGACACUACGAAUGUAUCCUCCAAUCCCUCUACUUAUUCCUCAUGAAUCAACAGAAGAUGUCAAACUACUGGGAUAUGACAUUCCAGCAGGCACACAAACAUUGGUCAAUGCUUGGGCAAUAGGAAGAGAUUCUACAGCAUGGGAAGAACCAGAAGAGUUUAAGCCUGAGAGGUUCUUGAAUAGUUCCACUAAUUACAAGGGGCUUCACUUUGAGCUGCUUCCAUUUGGUGGUGGGCGAAGAGGGUGCCCUGGAAUUCCAUUUGCUACAGUCAUAUUUGAGCUCGCAUUAGCAAAUGUGAUAUACAAGUUCGAUUUGGCAUUACCAAAUGGAGUUAAAAAUACGGAUUUGGACAUGAGAGAGAAAUUCGGCAUUACGCUCCAUAAGGAAGCUCAUUUACUUAUUAUGGCAACUCCUAGUUUCUAGUAGUUGCUUAUAUAUAUUUCAAUGGAAUAUA